GUGGUCCGCGCGGCAGGGGCGGCCUUCCACCCUCUACCAAAGAAUCCUUGGCGCACACCUCUAUAUAUUGCAGGUCCCCAGCCGGAGUUGUAUCCUCGGGGUACGCCAAGUACCUUUAACUAUCCGAGGAGGUGGAAAGAAUCCUUAGCCGCUAGCCCCAAAAAAAAAAGGAAAAAAACAAGAAAAAAAAAGAAAAAAGAAAAAAAAAAAAAAGGAAAAAAAAAUGGAGUUCGGCGUCAAAUACUUCUUCUUCUACCUCCUCUUCCUAGCCAACGCUGUGUUUUUGUCUAGCGCCCACAUCGCCUUCUACGACGAUUACUGGCAGAAGAAGGCCGAGGAGGCACGCAAUAACACGCUCAACGCCUAUGUGACCGACCCCAGCACCGUUGUCAACCACUUCAACUCCGCGCCCCUUUUUGAUCAUAAUAGCACGAGGAGAGGGCUGGGGCACCGUGCGAAGGUGAAGGGCUGCUUGGCCACCAACCCCAUCGAUCGGUGCUGGAGGUGUCAACCGAACUGGGUUAACAACCGCAAGAAGCUGGCCCUGUGCGCAAAGGGGUUCGGCCACGACGCCAUCGGCGGACUCCACGGAAAAAUCUACGUGGUCACCGACACCUCCGACGACAACCUGCUCGACCCUCGUCCCGGCACGCUCCGCUACGGAGUCACCCGCGACGCCCCCCUCUGGAUCGUCUUCGCCCGCGACAUGGUCAUCCGUCUCCAGCAGGAGCUGAUGAUCAACAGCUACAAGACCAUCGACGGCCGCGGCGCCAACGUGCACAUCGCCUACGGCGCCGGCCUCACCAUCCAGUUCGUCAGUCACGUCAUCGUCCACAACCUGCACAUCCACGACAUCAAGCCCAGCUCCGGCGGUAACAUCCGCGACUCCGAGACCCACUGGGGCGUCCGCACCCGGAGCGACGGCGACGGCGUCAGCAUCUUUGGCUCCUCCCACAUCUGGGUCGACCACCUCUCCCUGUCCAACUGCGCCGACGGCAUCAUCGACGCCAUCGAAGGCUCCACCGCCAUCACCAUCUCCAACUGCCACCUCACCCGCCACAACGACGUGAUCUUAUUGGGCGCCAGCGACUCCUACUCCGACGACGCUAAAAUGCAGGUCACCGUGGCCUACAACCACUUUGGCAGAGGCCUCGUGCAGAGGAUGCCCAGGUGCCGAUGGGGCUUUUUCCACGUCGUGAACAACGACUACACCCACUGGCUGAUGUACGCCAUCGGCGGCAGCAUGCAUCCCACCAUCAUCAGCCAAGGCAACCGAUUCAUGGGCCCGCCAAAUCAAGCUGCCAAGGAGGUGACGCACAGGGAGUACGGAACGGAAGCAGAGUACGCUAAAUGGAAUUGGAGGUCGGAGAACGAUCAGUACCUGAACGGAGCGGUCUUCACCCAGACAGGGCAUAAAGUGUCGACGAAAUACUCGAAGCUCGACUACAUCAAGGCGAAACCCGGGAGUUGGGUGGCGAGGUUGACUCGCUUCUCAGGAUGCCUCAAUUGCAAGGCGAACGGUCCAUGUUGAUGCGAAUUGGGAGCUAGAAGAUGGAUGAAGAGUGCAUGCAUGGGGCAUCGAAUUUCUUUGGAAUAUGUGUUGUCAAAAUUAUUCUGUUUCUAUGUCGUCGUGGCCUCGUGACUUCUUUACAAGAUGCCGCCAGUAAUCGUUGGAAAUUCUUUUUGAUUGGU